AUGUCCUUCGCCAUGCUGCGCUCGGCCCCGGGGCGCUUCCUGUACCCCGACAUCAGCGCGCUGUCCGAGGACGAGGAGAACAGCGAGAGCUCGGGCUCGGAGGAGAAGCCCUUCCACAUGGAGGCCGACGCGUUCGGCAUCAAGAGCGGCAAGCGGCGCAGCGGCAAGAGCCGCGGGCGGCUCUCCCGGGAGCCGCGGCAGCGGCACACGGCCAACGCCCGCGAGCGCGACCGCACCAACUCGGUGAACACGGCGUUCACGGCGCUGCGCACGCUGAUCCCCACCGAGCCGGCCGACAGGAAACUCUCCAAGAUCGAGACGCUGCGCCUCGCCUCCAGCUACAUCUCGCACCUGGGCAACGUGCUGCUGCUCGGCGACUCCGGCGGCGGAGGGCAGCCGUGCCACGGGGCAGCGCCCGCCGCCUUCUGCCCCGCCGGGGCCGCCUCCCCGCCCGGCCGCGAGGCCGAGAGCGCGCAGCCCCGGCAGAUCUGCACCUUCUGCCUCAGCAACCAGAGGAAAAUGAGCAAAGACCGGGACAGGAAGACGGGACAGCUCCGGAGCUAG